AUGACUAUUUAAAAUAAGAAUGGGCUAAAAAAGAAAAAUAAAAUAAGAUGCUUUGAGGAGGAAAUUCAAUAUAAUUUUUGGGAGUGCGAAAAUAUAGACGGGUAGAGGCAAAUUAAUUAGAAAGAGGAGAGAUUAAAAGGCUAAAAGAUAUAAAAACAAUUUUUAAAGGCAAAAAAUAAAUUAAUCAAAACAAAGACAUAUAUAUAGUAAAUAAAAAUGGUAUCUCACUUAAAGAAGACUAGAAAGUUGAGAGGUCACGUCUCUCACGGUCACGGUAGAGUCGGAAAGCACAGAAAGGGUGGUUGCAGAGGUGGUCGUGGUAAGGCCGGUGGUAUGCAUCAUCACAGAAUCUUGAUGGAAAAGUGGCAUCCUGGCUACUACGGAAAGUUGGGUAUGAGAACCUUCCACUUAAAGAAGAACCCUCUCCACUGCCCCGUUGUUAAUAUCGACAAGCUCUGGAGUUUGGUUUCUGAUGCUACCAGACAAAAGUACGCUGAAGAUAAGAAGAAGGUCCCCGUUAUUGAUGUUACCAAGGCUGGUUUCUUCAAGGUUUUGGGUAAGGGUAGACUCCCCAACCAACCUGUCGUUGUUAAGGCUAAAUACUUCUCCAAGACUGCUGAAAGAAGAAUCGUCGCUGUCGGUGGUGCUUGCGUCCUCACUGCUUGA